CACCGAUUAAAUCUUUUGUUUCCCCCCCCCCCAUCAUGUCCACCACUUCCAGCAACAAGCGCGCGAGUUUCACGCUCACGCCCUCAUCAGACGCUGCUGCUGUUGAGAGCCCCACCGUCGCUGCCGCCGAUGCGUCUGCUGCCGGUGCGACUGGGAAGGACGCCUCUUCGUCGUCGUCGUCGUCGUCCGCUGCUGCUGCUGCCGCUGCUGAGCCUGCGCCGCGCCGUGUCUCGCAGAUGCUCGAGCUUGCCCUCGAAGACAUCCUCGACAACGGCCUCGAGGAGACCUUCCGCGAGCUCACCCAGUCAACGCGUAGCAGUGCUUCGCAUCACACGUUCAAUGCAGCGCGCGAUCGUGCGAACAAUGGCAAAAACCGCUACUCGGACGUCCUGCCCUUCGAUCUGACUCGCGUUAAGAUUGAGCGUGAGACCGGUGACAACAACACGGAUUAUAUCAACGCCAACCAUAUCAAGUUCCCGCAAGUCAACCGCCAUUACAUUGCCGCCCAGGGCCCCACUGCAUCCACCCAGAUUGAUUUCUGGCACAUGAUCUGGCAGCAGGGCGUGCAAGUCGUUGUCAUGACCUCCAACCUCGUCGAGAAGGGCGCCCCGAAAUGCCACUGCUACUACCCGAGCACGGUUGACGAAACGCUGGUUGUUGGUCCGUACCACAUCAAGCUCGUGGCCAUCGAGACUUCCGAGUCACAGUCGGACGUGACGCGCACUCUGAGUGUCCAUAACGAACUGACGGGUGCUUCCCGAGAGAUUGUCCACCAUCACUUUGUCGCGUGGCCCGACCAUGGUGUGCCCAAGUCGGCAGACCAUGUGCUCGACUAUUUGCGACGAGUUCGUUUGUCGGCCCAGCGACUGGCACCCGAAAUGCCCAUCCUAAUUCACUGCAGCGCCGGUAUUGGCCGCACUGGCACUUUCUUGGUGAUUGACGUUUGUCUAGAGCUUUUCGAGCGCAAGCGUGGUGCCACCGACAUUGAGAUUCUGACCAUCAUUCGCGAGGCGCGUCUGCAACGCACCACGCUGGUCCAAACGGCCGAUCAGCUCGAAUUCUGCUACACUGCCGUCACCAAAGGCGUGCGUGAGCUCGAGAUCAAGUUUGCUGAGGAAGAUGAGCUUGCCGAGGCUGCUGCCGCCGCUGCCAAGGCUGCUGCUGAAGCUGCCGAAGCUGCUGCCGCCACUGCUGCUGCUGCCCAGAACCAGCACGAUGCCUCGCGCAAGCGCUCGGCCGUGCCCAUUGAUAGCCCACAUGUGAAGAGGUUUCGCAGCGGCGAAGGAAGCGCCGCGUCCAUCCCCAAGAUCUGGUGGGGCAUCGCGGCGUUGACUGUGGCAUUUGCGACGAUUGCUGUGGUUGUUGCAACGAAGCGUCGCCGCUAAAGGGCUUUGACAGUUUUGGAAGCCAAUCCACCCAGAAAACCAAAAAAAGCUGUGGUCACAAAAGGCUGUGGUGUGUCAAAGCGCCCUGCAUUCCUGUUGAAUUUGUUUUGUUGAUAGGAGUCGCAUGUUUUUGAAAUAUCACACCCCCCCAAAAAAAAAAAAAAAACAGUACAUACAACAA